UAUUUUUAUCCGGUGAAAUAAAAACUCAAACCAGGAAGUAAUUGUAUAGUAUUCAAACAAAUGUGAACAAUCAUUAUUCGAACUGACUGUGUUACAGUAAUAAAUACCUCAAUACCUUGAGUCGGAAUAAGAUGUUAUUCAUUGUCCUAGAGCUAAGUGAAAAACAACCCUAUUUAAAAACAGGCGUAUUAUAUCGAUGGGUUUCCCCAAAUCUAAAAUGAAAUGGAAAAAGUGUGUUAUUUUGCCCGUUUCACACCAGAGUCGCAGUCGCACUUAAAGCUGCAUUCCGCCUGCGACGUGUUCGUGCACGCGCCCUACGUUCACGAGCGAGACGCCCGUGACGGUCCACACCGCGAGAGGACUUCACGAGCGACGUGGCCCUCAGCCAAUCGGAGAGCAGAAACGGGACAUUUAUUUCUGAAGGUCGGUCUGAGCUGAGGUUACCGCGUGCACAUUGUCAUCUGGCGUGUCCUCCCGCCGUUAAACACACCGGGCCGGAGGACAGGUGCGUGCACGGACUUGACGUCGCAUCUGGUGCUCAAAUUAAAUCCCACCAAGGAGUCCAAACAGGUGCCGCGGGAGGCUUAUCCGGGACGCGCAGCGUCGCACCGCCGCGUGGUUCUCCUCCGGUAGCGGUAGAGAUGGACCGCGACUUGGGCGUCGUUCCCACGCGGUGUCCGUGCGCAGGAGCUCUUCCCCCGGUUGGAUUCGGCCGCUAAUUGUGCGGUGCACCAUGUUCCCUGCGCUCAACACGUUGUCCGAGAGGAAGCCCGAGCAGGUCGCUGGUUCACUCCAUCCGUGAUUUAGGAUGACGCCUCUCGGUCCCACCUGCUCCGUCUCCUCCCUGUUACCUCGCCUUCACAUGCCUCAUCAGCGGGCUGAGCGCUGCUGAGCACUCGCCGCGACCCUCCCUGUACCGGCCGACGAGGCGAUGCGACGGUUCGUCUACUGUAAGGUGGUGCUGACCACCUCUUUGGUGUGGGUGCUGGUGGAUGUGUUCCUGCUGCUCUACUUCAGCGAGUGCAACAAAUGUGACGAUAGGAAAGACCGCUCGCUGCUCCCGGCCCUGCGAGCGGUGAUAUCUCGGAGCCACGAAGGUCCGGGGGAGAUGGGCAAGGCCGUAAACAUCCCCAAGGACAACCAGGAGAAAAUGAAGGAGCUAUUUAAGAUCAACCAGUUCAAUCUGAUGGCCAGCGACAUGAUCGCCCUCAACAGGAGUCUCCCCGACGUGAGGCUGGACGGCUGUAAGACCAAGCUGUACCCGGAUGAGCUGCCAAACACCAGCAUCGUCAUCGUGUUUCACAACGAGGCGUGGAGUACCUUGCUGCGGACGGUGCACAGCGUCAUCCAGCGCUCCCCCAGACAGCUGCUGGUGGAGAUUGUCCUCGUCGACGAUGCCAGCGAGCGAGACUUCCUGAAGAGGAAGCUGGAGAACUAUGUGCGGACUCUGGAGCUGCCAGUGAGGAUCCUGAGGAUGGAGCAGCGCUCGGGUCUAAUCAGAGCCAGGUUGAGGGGGGCCGCCGCCACCAAAGGGCAGGUCAUCACCUUCCUGGACGCUCACUGCGAGUGCACCGUCGGCUGGCUGGAGCCCCUGCUCGCGCGCAUCAAAGAGGACAGGUCAGCAGUGGUGUGCCCCAUCAUCGACGUCAUCAGCGACGAGACGUUUGAGUACAUGGCCGGCUCAGACAUGACCUACGGGGGAUUCAACUGGAAGUUGAACUUCCGCUGGUACCCGGUUCCCCAGCGCGAGAUGGACCGACGCAAGGGGGACAGAACGCUGCCUGUCAAGACUCCCACCAUGGCAGGAGGAUUAUUCUCCAUAGACAAAUCAUACUUUGAAGAAAUCGGGAGCUACGAUCCGGGGAUGGAUAUUUGGGGCGGAGAGAACCUGGAAAUGUCCUUUCGAAUCUGGCAGUGCGGUGGCUCCUUGGAAAUAGUAACAUGUUCCCACGUGGGCCAUGUUUUCCGGAAGGCUACCCCGUACAGUUUCCCCGGAGGAACGGGCCAAGUCAUCAACAAAAACAACAGGCGCCUGGCCGAAGUCUGGAUGGACGACUUCAAAGAUUUCUUCUAUAUCAUUUCACCAGGUGUGAUGCGCGUGGACUACGGAGACGUUUCUUCCCGUAAAGACCUCCGUGGGGCCUUGAAGUGCAAGCCGUUUGCCUGGUAUCUAGAAAACAUCUAUCCGGACUCCCAGAUCCCGAGACGAUACUACUCACUUGGUGAAAUACGAAAUGUCGAGACCAACCAGUGUGUGGACAACAUGGGAAGAAAGGAGAACGAGAAAGUUGGCUUUUUCAACUGUCACGGCAUGGGUGGAAACCAGGUGUUUUCUUACACGGCGGAUAAAGAAAUCAGGACAGACGACCUCUGCCUGGACGUCUCCCGCCUCAACGGACCCGUCAUCAUGCUCAAGUGUCACCACAUGAAGGGGAAUCAGAUGUUCGAGUAUGACGCCGAGUAUGUUGGCAAGUGGGAUUAUGAUUUUGAGAAGAACACCUUCCUCCACAUCAUCACCCAAUCAUGUCUGACCAUCAGCCGCCUGGAGGACGGCACCUACGGCCCCACUGUGGAGCACUGUAACCAAAGUCCCAAACAGGCCUGGAUCCUCCACAACUACACGCGCCUGGAGGUGGCCCGGCGCCUUUACUUCAGUCCCACUGAUUAUUUUCUCUGAGUCGGGGGGCCCGAGGUGAGAAGGUCGGCACUAAUUAGGCGAAGAGCAGAAGCAGCUGGUCAGUAGUGAUGUAGUUUGUCGUGAGCUUUGUUAGAAGUAGAUUAGUUUGACCUGUUCAGGCUUCAGUUGCACCUUUUGUGGUUGUUAUUAGGCUCUUUUUUUUUUUUCUUUCUUUGUGUUUUAGUCAGUGAGGAAUGCAGAGUUCUUGUUGUUGUGAUUUUUAUAUUUCAGGUAGUAGUCGGAAUAUGCAUGCAAAUUGUUUUUAGGAGGCACUAAAAGUAGCUUUUACCAGUGACCUUUCGGGAGGAGCGUAUGAAGACCGGGGCGGAGGCACAUGGAGCAAUGACAAAUGUCCCAUCAAGAUGGUUCUGUGUGUAAGAUGCUAUCUGCAAGACCUUUAGCCAAUCUCCACGCCAAAUCAGAUCUUAUUUGACAUUUAUUUUCCAGCACAAAUCAUUUAUUUUGAUGCGAAAAUCCACCGGCUGCCCCCGCCGCCGCCCCCCCCCCCGCCCUUGUUUAUUUUUAGCUGACUAUCUGUGUGCAGGACUAAUUGAAAUGGGCCUACCAUUGUUUGUAAGUUCUUUUGAAGUGAUCCUCCAUUGUGAACCUGCCUUUCAUGGCCCCCGGCCUCUCAGGCCACUCUCCCAUUGGUCUGCAGCAGCUGUGUCCACCGUGUGCCGUGUGCACAUUGUGAACCCAGCGAGUCCAAAUAAUCAGUGCUUUUCACCACUCGGGCCUGCAGCAUAUUUACAUGCUUUUGUAAGGAACAUCUUUUUUUUGGGGGGGGGGGGCUCGGCCCCCGUCUUUUCAUGUCCGUGUCGUCGCCUCUCCUGCUUUUUCCGAUCCGUUAUUUUUCUAGCCUUUUCCGUUCCGCUCAGUUAUACGCCGACUUGGGGUCCUGUACUGUCGUAUCCCUUUAAAAAAAAACAAAAAAAAACAAGGAGCAAUCUCACUGUAGCUCACCACAGUCUUUAUGUGCAACCGGAGUAAAUUGGGUAAGGAGCUGCCACGGCUGCUGGUGUGUGUCGGGGUUGCGGCAGUAGAGUGACCCGCUGUUAGAUGGCCUGAUUUGCUGUUCACGCUCGGCGGUCCACCAGAGGAGAGCGAGUACACAAGAGCAGGGCACCGCGAGGGCCAAUGAGACGGUGCCUGACUCUGCCUUGAGACAAAGGGAAUCUGCUGCUUUUGUGUUUCUCACAGGGGAAAAAAAAAAAACAACAAAAAAGAAGCAGCCCAGCCUUCUCGAACACCCGAGUCAUCACAAAAUCACACGCCAAACAGGAAGCAUGUUCACUGUGCUUCUUGGUGACAAAAGGAUAAUGCUCCUCAACCGGGACUUUAAUUAGCCCGUCUCAGCUGUGCAAACACUCAGCAACUUGGUUGCUUUGCUGGGAGGCUGCGACGGGAGUUUUCUCUUCCCCAAAGGAGGCAUGAAAUAAUUACAGGCGAAGCGCAAGACCUCAAGAUUUCUAGUAUUUUCAUUAAAUGUGGAAUAUUAUUUCUACCCCCCACUGUCACACUGAUCUUCGGUCCCCCCCUGCCACUAGAGGAGGUUUGGAUCUUUAGACAAAAUGAAAUGAUAAAACGAUUCUUUUCGUUGCCUAAGCCCGGUUGUAGUGAUUAGGUCUACCUGCAGCUCAAAGAAAAAUAGUUUUUUAGCUAAGAAGCUGCUGUACAGUAUAUUGUAACAAAGCAAGGCUCAAAUGAUUCUAACCUUGAGCUACCUUUAUUCUUCUGGUCUUUUUUGGCAGGUGUGUAAGGUUCGAAUGUCACAGGCUCUCUUUGUUGUUGUUCUGUUUGAACAAAACAGCGUGCACACACACACACACACACACACACACACACACUCCUUUGUAUCCAGGCAGAGAAUGUCCAGCCCUUGUGUUUUACAGCUUAAGAUAAAACACGGCCUGAGCGUCGCUGUGUGCUCAUUAGUCUGAAUAUCCUCAGUCAACAAAGCGCUGUCAUGUUUUAAUGAAGACUUACUCCUCAAACGACAAGAUACAUAAAGCCACUGCUAACGUCGUAUCGCUGCAUGGAUACUUUGUUCAUAGACUUUCACAUAUGUUUUCUUUCAUGAAAAUGGCUCCUGAGAUAACAGUCCAAACUGGUGAAACUGAGGUUAUCUCUUAUUUUGUUACAAGUCAAUGUUUUAAAUCCCUCUGCUUUCGGGCUCUACCGAAUAGUCAUUUGUCUCGUUGACAUCCGCGAGUCUAGAUCAACGUUCAAAUGCUAAAGGUCAGACCACAUUCGUAUUAUUAUUAUUAUUAUUAUGCUUUGUGUAGAAUUGGAUUCGGGUGGUGGCUGUGUGGGAUUGUUUGCGACGUGUGCGAUCCAAACUCAUUCCCCCAGGGCCUCAUGAAGUACAAUAGUAUCUCACUAAAUAUUGAGUGUCAUGUUUGUUUGUUGUUCUGCCUUCUCAAACGCAACCUUUUCACAGCUGUCAGGCUGUUUGCUUCGCCCCUUGUCUCAAACAAAGGGAGGCACGCAUUGAUGACUUUAAUGUAUUAUUAAAAUAAAAGAAAACUGACUGAUUCUGUUCAAGGAUCAUUCAUUUCUUUUAGAAUAGACUAGAAUCUGAUCUUUGAAUGUACAAAAGUCCUAGUUUUAUUAGCACCUACAAUUUCUCCACUCUAUCUCUCGCCAUUGCUUUCUGCUUUGCCUAAAAAAAAAAAAACACAUCUUCAGCUUCUCCUCUUCCCUCUCUUCCCUGCGCUGGAUCAUUAGGACGAGAGCAGCAGAAUUGCAGAUGCCGAGGCAAAUGAAGAUAAUCAAAGCCCGUAUCCAACACCCGCCGCUCCCUUCCAGUCGUUGGUGAAGUCUGCGGAGCCUUUGUGGCGGGUCGCCAAAGAUUUCUUUGUGGCGCUUGCCGUCUGGACAAUUUUUACGAUUUUUUUUUCUGGUUUGUGUGAGUGUGAUAGAAGAGGGAACAGACGGGAGGGACACCGUGUGGGGCUAUGCAGCAGAGCCAUUUGAGAGGACGUGGUAUACUUCAGAGUAAAAUAACGGGGCUCUUUGAGGCGAGAAGUAUUUAAAUCGUAAUCCACCUUCAAGGAAAAUGACUCCUGUCAUCUGAGACAGUUUUACUCCUAUUUAUUAACUAGCAAUUAUAUUGGUGGAGGAGUCGGAGGAUGAAUUGCUGUGACAAUCAGCUGAAGGUGUAACUAAUAAGGUGUAAAUAAACCAAAUAGCUGUGUUGUAUUACUGUCACAGUGAAAAAUUAUCCACGUUAUCUCCUUUUAACCUUUAGUGACUGUGAAGUGAAAAUAGCUUCCUUCUUAAUGCGACAAGCAGUGACUUACCAUCAUUACUGUUUUGCUAAUAAUUAGGUGUUAAUUCACAUAUACAUAUAUACUGUCCUAGCUGAGGACCGCUCCAAGGGGUCACUCGGCUAAAAAGACAUCCGAUUCACAAGAAGGAUAAUGUGGCUCCCACACGGCGUCUGCUGGAUGUGCUCCCGAGUGGCCCAAAAGCCAUUUGUGGCAGAGUUAGGAUGCGAACAUGUCUGUUGAUUAGUCCUCCUCGUUUAGGUCGGAUAUCUUUGUUUGUUUAUCUGUUAUCUGGUCAUUUGGCUUCCUUUUGCUGCCCCACCACCUGAUUGCACUUGGAUGUUCUCUGGCGUUUUAUCCCUGGUUCCUUUCCGAGUGAAGGACUGAUGCAAGAGGAAAGGAAAACAGCUCUGGGCUGCAGCAGACUAUGUGGUUGCUUAUCACUGCUAGCGAGGCUACUGAAAACCUCUUUUAUAUCCUUAUUUUUUCGAAACAUUUGGGAUGCUUUUGAUGCUCGACUGUCUUUCACCGAGAAAUCAUUUCUGUGAAGCGACCGAGGCAACAGUCUCCUCGCCGACAAUAACCUCAAUUCUCCGAGCAACCUGAGUGCAUGUCGCGCCGCACAAGGGCCUUGAUUCUCGCCUUUUCCCCGACUCGAGCACCCGGCUCCCUUGAUGUUCUUCAUCGUUUUUUUUUUUUUUCUUGCUCCAGCUCCAAUUACUGACUGUAACAAGCUGUGGCUAUUUCUUGGGGCCCCCAAAAUAUUUUUGAGUCAAUGAGGCAGGUAGAGGGGAAACAUAACGGUAGAGCCUCACCAGUAUGUUGUCAUUACUGUACUGUCUUCCGUCACGCACCAACUGCCAUUUCCAUGUAUGUCUAACACAUAAUGGCAAUAAACGUUUCCUGAUUCCUGAUAAAUAAGUCUUCAAGCAGACGACACAUUACAAGUAUGCCGAACAACAUGUGCCGUGUUUGCAUCUAAUUGUCCAUCCUAUUUGGUCCUCCCCC